UCUGAGGAACGGACCCGAGUGAGCACGACUUCCGGUCUGGCGCUGUGCAGUCCGAGUCCCUUCCCAGCCCGGCCUCGGAGCGUCUCGCUCACCGCGGGAGAACCUGGGCGCGCGAGCAUGUGGGGGCUGCCGGCGCGCGCCCGUGCGCCGUUCCUGCGGGCACCUCUGUCAGGUCCUCGGGCAGCGCCUGCCACCGGCGCCGGGCUGAAGACGCUGCUUCCGGUGCCAACUUUCGAAGGUGUUUCCAUUCCCGAAAGGCCCAGGCUUAAAUUUGUUGAAAGGGCACCACUUGUACCAAAAGUAAGAAGAGAACCUAAAAACUUGAGUGACAUACGGGGACCUUCUACUGAAGCUACUGAGUUCACAGAAGGCAGUUUUGGGAUUUUGGCACUUGGAGGUGGUUACCUCCGUUGGGGCCAUUUUGAAAUGAUCCGCAUGACAAUCAACCGGUCUAUGGACGCCAAGAACAUGUUCGCCAUAUGGCGAGUACCAGCCCCUUUCAAGCCCAUCACCCGCAAAAGUGUUGGGCAGCGCAUGGGGGGAGGCAAAGGUGCCAUCGAUCACUACGUGACACCUGUGAAGACUGGCCGCCUCGUGGUAGAGUUAGGUGGACGUUGUGAGUUCAGAGAGGUGCAAGGUUUCCUGAACCAGGUUGCCCACAAGUUACCCUUCCCGGCAAAGGCUGUGAGCCGUGAAACACUGGAGAAGAUGCGGAAAGAUCAGGAGGAGAGAGAACGGAACAACCAAAACCCCUGGACUUUUGAGCGCAUAGCCACUGCCAACAUGCUAGGGAUACGCAAGGUGCUGAGCCCCUACGACUUGACCCAGAAGGGGCGGUACUGGGGCAAGUUCUACCUGCCCCAACGUGUGUAGUGAGAGCGCAGGAAAACGCGUGCCUCGGCCACUGAGAAGGGAUCUGCUUCCCCUGGAAGCCUCUGAGUGGCUCCUGGUUUGUACCUAAGUAAUGUCUGAGAAGCUCUGUAAUCUACUGAUCUUUUAAUAAAGUUUGAGCAUCACCUCA